AUGGAGCGACCGGGGAGCAACGGGAGCUGCCCGGGCUGCCAGCUGGAGGGGGGUCCCUCGGCGCGGGCCGCGACCGCCCUAGCAACCGUGCUCAUCUUCACCAUCGUGGUGGAUGUGCUGGGCAACGCGCUGGUCAUCCUCUCGGUGCUGAGGAACAAGAAGCUCCGCAACGCCGGCAACAUCUUUGUCGUCAGCUUGUCUGUAGCAGACCUUGUAGUUGCAGUGUAUCCAUACCCUCUGAUCUUGAGUGCUAUUUUCCAUAAUGGAUGGACCAUGGGAAAUAUUCACUGCCAGAUAAGUGGGUUCCUGAUGGGCUUAAGUGUCAUCGGGUCCAUUUUCAACAUCACAGCGAUCGCGAUCAACCGCUACUGCUACAUCUGCCACAGCCUGCGGUACGAUAAGCUCUUCAACCUGAAGAACACCUGCUGCUAUCUCUGCCUCACCUGGAUACUCACCGUGGUGGCAAUUGUGCCAAACUUCUUUGUUGGGUCCUUGCAGUAUGACCCCCGGAUUUACUCCUGCACCUUUGCCCAGACGGUGAGCACAUCGUACACCAUCACGGUGGUGGUGGUUCACUUCAUUGUCCCUCUGUCCAUCGUGACGUUUUGCUACCUGCGGAUCUGGAUUUUGGUGAUUCAAGUCAAGCACCGGGUGAGACAAGACUGCAAGCAGAAGCUCAGAGCGGCUGACAUCCGGAACUUCUUGACUAUGUUUGUGGUUUUUGUCCUUUUCGCUGUGUGCUGGGGACCAUUAAACUUUAUUGGCCUUGCUGUUUCAAUUAAUCCUUCAAAAGUGCAGCCACACAUUCCAGAAUGGCUUUUUGUCCUGAGCUACUUUAUGGCCUACUUUAACAGCUGCCUCAAUGCUGUGAUCUAUGGGCUUCUUAACCAGAACUUCCGGAAGGAGUACAAAAGGAUACUGCUGACUCUCCGGACUCCCAGGCUACUGUUUGUUGAUGUAUCCAAGGGUGGGACAGAAGGGAUGAAAAGCAAGCCAUCUCCAGCUGUAACAAACAACAACCAUGCUGAAAUACACCUAUGAGUCAGAACAGUAGUAUUUAU